ACAAAAAAUGUUUUUGAGGAUACUUUAGUUUUGUCCACCAAAAUGGGCUGUGCGGCAAGCAAGCGCAUGGAAAAUGCAAGAAAAGAUGCUUUGCAUAAAGGGGAAGACGCGAAAGAUGAAUUUUUUGCGGGAUACGACCGGAGCCCUCCCACUUUGGGCAGCCACCGGCAAGAGGUCAGCCGGUCUCAUGUACCCGUCAUUGAUUACGAAAAUGACAACAACUUUACAAAAACGUCGGCUAAAAUUAGCGAUCAAACUAUUUUAAACAGAAGUAAUACGAUAGCUUUAACGGAUUUGGAUGAAACUACGAAAAUAGGGGAAGAAAAUAAUGAAUUUCGCCAGAAUUUGACAAAUAUGGAUGCAAACGGUGAAACAGUUACCAACGGCUGUACUGAGGAUAAAAUUCUUAUUUUACACUUUAAUGAUGUAUACAACAUUGAACCACGAGAAAAAGAGCCUGUUGGUGGAGCUGCCAGGUUUGCUUCAAAAAUAGCAACUUUUAAAUCAAGAGAUCCUCUAACCCUGUUCAGUGGAGAUGCUUUAAAUCCAUCUAUGAUGAGCAGCAUUACAAAAGGAGAGCAAAUGCUACCAGUUUUAAAUUGUCUUGGAAUAAAUGCUGCUGUUUAUGGGAACCAUGACUUUGAUUUUGGUGUUGAUGAACUGGUUGACUUUGCAAAUGAGAGUAAUUUCCCUUGGUUGAUGAGCAAUGUUUUUGACAAGCAUACUAAAAGACCUCUGGCUGAAGGAAAGGUGUCAUUAACACUGGAUUGGAAAGGACAUAAGAUUGGUUUAAUUGGUUUGGUCGAAAGAGAAUGGCUUGUUACCUUAGCAACAAUAUCAAUAGAUGAAGUGGAUUACGUAGAUUUUGUCACAGAAGGUCGUCGGUUAUGUUCAGAGCUACGACAGGAGGGCUGUGAUUUCAUAAUAGCUUUGACUCACAUGAGAGAACCAAAUGAUAUCAAGUUGGCAGAAAAUGUGCCUGAAAUUAAUUUAAUUCUUGGUGGUCAUGACCAUCAUUAUGAAAUACGCGAGGUUAAUGGGAUAAAAAUAUUUAAAAGUGGAACAGAUUUCAGACAUUUCAGUGAGAUUGAGGUAGUAUUUUCUUCGGAAAAUGACUCCUAUGAAAUACAGUCGAAGAAACAUGAAAUCACGAAAGAUGUUCCAGAAAAUCCAGAAAUUAAAAUUGUUGUUAAUAAGUAUUUAGAUAUAGUUAAGGAGAAAAUGGAGACUGUACUUGGGAAUAUCGAAGUUGAACUGGAUGGUCGUUUUAGAAGCAUACGAACUAAAGAAACCAACCUAGGUAAUUUAAUCGCGGAUAUAAUGCGCAACGUGACCCAAGCUGAUGUGAGUCUCAUCAACUCCGGUACCUUAAGAUCUGACACGAUACACCCGCCUGGUGAAUUCAAAAUGAAAGAUUUAGCGAGCAUUCUUCCGAUGCCCGACGUUGUGGUAGUUCUGAGUAUUUCAGGCGCUCAGCUGUUAGUCGCCCUUAACAACGGAGUCAGUCAAUAUCCGAAACUGGAAGGGCGAUUUCCUCAGGUUUCUGGUAUGACAUUCGCCUAUGAUCCAGAUAUGGAACCUGGACAGCGAGUGAUAGAGAGCAGUGUUAAAGUUGGCGGCAAAAAUUUAGAGUUAACACGGCAAUACACGAUUUCUACAAAGGGUUAUAUAAGUCAUGGUAAAGAUGGUUACGACGUCUUUAAAGAUUGCGAAGUGUUGUUAAGCGAGGAAGAAGCGUCUAUACUGCCGACAAUUGUCCGAAAUCAUUUUGUUUCCUGUAAUAUCGUCAAAGGCUUACAGAUGUGUCGAUCAGGUCACCGCCAGUCUAUCACAUGUGUAGAACCGGGAGAGGAACUGGCUGUUGUUGAAAGAAGACGUUGUACAAUUGCGCCAGAGGUCGAGGGGAGGAUCAGGGUUGUUUAUCAGCAAAAAACAGAAGAUAUGCUACCUCGUUAAAGCCAUUGAGAAGUUUAUGCAAGAAUAUUUAAUGUGAAGUGCUGUAAAAAUAUAUAAAUUAUUUUGACGAACAAAAUUCCACGGUUUUAAUUGUACGUAUGGAGAAUGUAGGUAUAUAAUAUUUUGGAAAUAUGUAUA